UUUGGCAAAAUUACGGAGUUGGCAGCGUUUAGCGAGAAGUUGCAGUCUACCACUGGUUAUGCGUGCUUAAUCAGGUUCGAUAACAAGGAGGCGGCACAGCGUGCCUUUGCAAGUGCCGAAGAAAAUGGUGCUUAUAAAGUGGAGCCUCGCCUUGGACGCAGAUUGCUUGGGAAAGCGUAUCGUACACGGCCAUGUGCCCUUCGAUUAUUGAUCAAGUGGUGGCGAAGGCCGAGCCUCUGUAUCGGACAAAUCAAGUGUUUUGAUGAACAACUCAAAUUUCAGUUGAAAACAAAUGACCCGGAACGAAGAGUGGAUGCAUUUCACGUACUUUCGGAACAUUUCUCCUCUUUCACACCAUCCAUGGCAUCCAGUCAUUACACGAAUCGAGAUGCGAGCGCCGAGAACGACGAACUUUCAAAGAUAACUCUGCGUUCAUUACCAAUGGAUAUGCAGGGGCACCAGCUACGGGCGAUGAUUGAGCCGGUGCUGCGAUCUUACAACAUUGAAUUUGACGAAAUUUACGUCAUUCGAAAGAAGGCCUACCCAAUUGAAAGUGAACUGUAUGUUACAUCACGGCUUGUAAUUUUCUUUUUUUGA